AUGAUCUGGAUGUGGAUGUGUGCUGGUACAUCGGUGGCAGGACAGCAGUUUGUGGCGGUCGAUAUCGUUAUUGGCGGAAAGGCUUUCAGUGCUAUCUUGAACUAUUUGACUGUGAUGUUACGGAUGCGGGCUAUAUAACUUGUAACGUAAAUACUAUAAGCUGCACCGCUUCUGACAGCACCUUCCUAAGGGUUAUUGGUAAGCGUCGACUUUUCAGUUUCU